UUAGAAUAUUUGUUUUCAGAAUAAAAUGAUCUUACCUACAUCUUAGAUUCUUAGAACUUCUACGAAUCAAAUAUGUAUUCUCAACCCCCACCCCCCGUAUCCCAACCUCCUCCUGGUAUGCUCACUAACCCUGGGGCCCUGUUAGUCCGCCCUCCCUCUAUGGGAACCCUUCCUGCAGGAUUAUCUCAGGGUUCAUUACUCUGUGCUCCUCCUGCAGCUGUUCCAAAUAUGGCCCCCCUGCUCCAUCUAGGACCCGGAUAUUCUCAUUCUAUCCAUCAAGCCCCUCCACCCCAGCUUCAAAGUUCAGGAUUAUAUACUCUUCCCCACACUCUUGUCUCCGCCCCGACCUCUCUACCGACUUAUUUGACCGGAACCCAAUCUGUUGUGUCCGCCCCAACCCUACAGUUUAAUAUUCCUCCGCCUUCACAUUAUCCUUGUGUGUCCGUCCCAACCUCAUUUAUACCUGGUAAAAUUAAUUGGCCUGCAACAUAUCCUAAUCAACCCUACCAACAACAAUUCCAACAAGUUCUUCCACCAGCUCUACCAGGAUACGGAUACACUUCCCAACCUUACACUCAUCAAGAACCAUCUAUAAGAGAAAUAUCUCAAUCCAGAGAUAGAUCUCCUGUGAGAGAUAGAUCUCCUAUGAGAGAUAGAUCUCCCAUCAGAAGAGAUGAGAUGAGAAGAGAGGAGAGAUACAGGGAUGAGAAACAAAGAUGGGAUGAAGAGGAUCGGUAUAGAAGAGAAGAGAGUAGGUAUAGACAAGGACCCCCGGAUAAAGAUUCAGUUCGGAGUAAACCGGGAAGAGAGGACAGAGUUAGCACUGAGAGAAGAUCUUUGGACAGGUUCUCCAGGAGUCGAGAAACCAGGAUCAGUUUAGAUUCUAGAUCAAAGGAGAAGAGCAGAGAGUUAAAAAGAUCCUUCGAGCAUAAGAAACAGAAAGAGGAGUUUGAGAGAGAAAAUGCUAGGUUGAGUCGCGAAACUCAACGGAAAGAGAAUAUUCCUUCAUCCUACAAGAAGAGCAGUAAGGAAACCAACGAUGCUUCACGUACUGGAGACAGAGAUUCUCGACCUAGAACCGGAAGAACGGAUAACUCUCCGCCCGAGCCGGAAAAAAUAGGAAAAAUCAGCAAAAGAAGGAAUAGAUCUAGUUCUGCUCGAUCUAAACCAAUUCUUCCGUCCAAAGUUAAAAUUGAAGCUGAGGACCCGGUUGAUACAAAUAAUAUGACGCAUGAGGAGAUUAUCGCAAUGGAGAAAAAAGUUUGGAUUCGAUCCACACCUGCAGAUCUUUAUUAUGAAAGAGAUAGAAGCAACCCUGUUGUGAUGAGAUCAACUGCGAAAUCUCGAGCUAUGCAUCAACUCUUUGAGGAAAAUCUUCUCCGGGUAGGACCGGAAGCUAGAAAUCAGUUUGCUGUGCGAGAACCACCUAAGGCCGUCGGAGCACGACAUUGUCACGACUCUAGCUCCGACAGCUCUGAUAGCGAAGAUGAACCGGAUCAAAAGUUUCGAGCCGACGCGAUGGACUGGAUGGAUUUUCGAUCCAAGGAUCCAAACCGUCUUCAUCCCGAUAUCUGGCAGAAUAUGCCGAAUGAGAUGAACGACGGACCGGCUUGCCGAUGUCCUAAAAAGGCGCGAAACAGUGGAAUCCGGCACAAAUACUGGGUCGGAGAAACUGAAUUGAACCCAUUGGAUCCGGAGACUAAUAAUCACAACGAACUUUUCCACUACAGGGUUACAAUAUCACCACCAACCAACUUCCUUAUCAACCGACCCACCACGAUCUAUCACGAUGAACAUGAGUUUAUGUUCGAAGGGUUCUCGAUGUUUACUCGAAAAAGAAUACCGAACCUGCCUGUUUGUCAGAUUAUUCGAUUCAAUAUCGAGUACAGUAUACUCUUCUUUGAGGAAAAAAUUCCUGAAAAUUUUACAAUCAGGGAGUUGGAGCUAUUUCAAAAAUAUUUCUUUCAUGAACUUCUUGAACUCUGGGACUGGGACACAGAUCAAAGGUACUUCUUUAUGCCGCGAUUUGUCCGGAACCUGUCUGAGAACGGAAAGGAGGUGUUGAGCAUGAACGAGGUGCUGAGCUACCUCCUCAACUCCUACACCUCCAUAGCCAACACAGAGGACUUAGACUUUAUCACAAAGUUAAAGAAUGAGGACUGGCAAGUGUUCGCAGACCAGAUCAAGGGAAUGCUGGUCAACUGUCCGGGAAUGAAACCCUCAACGAUCAGAGUCGAUCAGUUGGAUAGGGACCAUGAAGAUAAAGAUAAACCUUGUUUCCCAGAUAUUGUUCAUUUUGGUUUAAAACCACCUCAACUCUGUUAUGCAGGAAACCCUGAAUACCAGAAGUUGUAUCGAGAGUUUGUUAAAUUCCGUCAUCUGCUCGCAAACAUGCCGAAACCAACGAUGCUGGAUAAAGAGAACCUAGAGAGCAAGGAGAAAGCUCUCCAGGAGAUGCGGUCUAACGUGAAAAUGAAGCGGGACACCACCGUGGUCGUCUCAUCCAAGGGUUUCUAUAAAACAGGAUUAAUGACAGAUAUUGUUCAACAUGCUCUUCUCCUUCCUGUCCUGGUCAGCCAUCUCCGGUUCCACUUCUCCCUGGACUACCUGGAGACCAAGAUCAACUACAAGUUCAACAACAGGUUUCUUCUCCAGCAGGCGCUCACUCAUCCGUCCUACAAAGAGAACUUUGGGACGAAUCCUGACCAUGUUCGGAACACGUUGUCGAACUGUGGGAUCCGGCAGCCGGAGUACGGGGAUAAAAAGGUUCAUGUUCAGAGUGCCAGGAAGAGAGGAAUAAACGUUCUCAUAAAUAUCAUGUCAAGAUUCGGAAAGAAGAUAGAGACGGAGUCUGCGGUGAAGCACAACGAGAGGUUGGAGUUUCUGGGGGACGCGGUGGUGGAGUUCAUUACAUCCGUUCAUCUCUUCUAUAUGUUCCCGGACCUUGAGGAGGGAGGACUAGCCACUUACAGAUCUGCAAUUGUUCUGAAUCAGAAUUUAUCCUUGCUUGCCCUUGCUCUUGGCCUGGAGAAGUAUAUCCUGUUCUCUCAUGGAUCAGAUCUGUGUCAUGACUCGGAACUAAAACACGCGAUGGCAAACUGUUUCGAGGCAUUCAUGGGAGCUGUCUUCCUAGACGGAGGGAUCAAUAUAGCAGAUAAGGUGUUCAGCUCUGCUAUGUUCAGUACGGAGCCUGAUCUGUUUGAAACCUGGACGGAUAUUCCUCAUCAUCCUCUCCAGACUCAGGAGCCUGGGGGAGACAGGCAUUGGAUUGAUACGUAUCCGAAUCUGCAAAAGCUAGUUCAGUUUGAGAAUGAAACUGGAAUUGAGUUUACUCAUAUCAGACUUCUAGCCAGAGCGUUCACAGACCGUUCCAUUGGAUUCAACAACCUAACUCUAGGUUCCAACCAGAGGCUGGAGUUCCUAGGAGACACCGUCCUCCAGCUCGUGACCUCGGAGUUCCUUUACAAACAUUUCCCGGACCAUCAUGAGGGACAUUUAUCCCUCCUCAGGGCAUCAUUAGUUAACAACAGGACGCAGUCCGUCGUCUGUGACGAUCUCGGAAUGACGCGCUACGCGUCCUUUCAUAUCCCGAAGGUUGAGUUUAAGGUGAAGGAUAAGGCGGACUUACUGGAGGCCUUUGUUGGGGCUCUUUACGUAGACAAGGAUCUUUAUCAUUGUCAGGUUUUCGCUGAAGUCUGUUUCUUCCCAAGGCUUCGUCAGUUUAUCCUGAAUCAAGAUUGGAACGAUCCUAAAUCUAAACUUCAGCAGUGCUGCCUAACCCUCAGAACCAUGGACGGAAAGGAACCCGAUAUUCCCGUUUAUAAGGUUAUUGAAUGUAAGGGUCCAAGUAAUACAAGAGUAUACACCGUUGCUGUUUACUUCAGAGGGGAAAGAUUAGCUAAAUCUACAGGACACUCAAUACAAAUGGCGGAGAUGAACGCGGCCAAGAAUGCACUGAAUGAGUGCUCUCAUCUCUUCCCUCAUCUCAGCUAUCAGAAAAGAAUUCUAGCGAGAUCCUUCAAACAACAAGGAUUUGAUUUCGUCAGGCAUAAUUGGUUACAGCAGACUAAUAAUAAACGUGAAGAGCUAGGUAUGAACGUGAAGGAAGAAAAAUUAGAAGAAAGCCUGACCUUUGAUAAUCAAGCUGCUAACCAGGAGCAAGGAGAAAAUGUGGUUUCCCCCAAGAACAUUACUGGAACGUUUAAGGAGGCUUCUACUAAAAGGAGCGAUGAUAAAGAGAAGGAUAAUGGUGCUUCAAAGAAUGAAACACAGGCUGCCACUACCAGAAAAGAGGAAGAUACAGCUGCAUCUGCAAAGAAGGAGAAAGGACGGGUUGUAAGUCCUAAAUCCAAGAAUGCGCAAACUGAGAGUGUCAGAAAAGAAAAGGUGCGAGGGGAAAUAUCAAACAGAGAUCCAGGGCGUAAUGAUAGGAUGGGGAAAUCUGAUGUGUCUCUCAGAAAGGAAGAAAGACCACGUUCCUCUGUCAGAGAAUCCGAAAGACGAAGUAAAAGUAGCAGAAGAGACGAAUUGCGGAUUCCAAGUUACAGAAGAGAUGAGGAACGUAUUUCAAGUGAAUUAAGAGAUGAGAGGCGAAGCACUAGUUCUAGAAGGAGUGAACGACGAGACUCAAGUGCAGGAAAAGAUCAGGGGAGAAGUUUAAAUGGGAGAAUAGAUCAUAGACGUGAUUCAAAUACUAGAAAAGAUCAAAGUCGUGAUUUAGGAGCUAGAAAAGAUCAAGUGCGUGAUUCAAGUGCUAGAAGAUAUCAUGAACGUGACUCAAGUGCCAGAAAAGACCAUGAGCGUGGUUCAAGCACUAGAAGAAUCCACGGUUUUGAUUCAAGCUCUAGAAGAGAUCAAGGCGUUGAUCCAAGUAGUAAAAGAGACCAAGACCGUGAUCCAAGUGGUAACAAAGGCCAAGACCGUGAUCCAAGUGGUAAAAGAGACCAAGACCGUGAUCCAAGUGGUAAAAGAGAUCAAGGACGUGAUACAAUUACGCGAAGAGAUUCCAGGGCCAGAAAAGUCCGUGAUUCAAAAGUUAAUACAGAUGAGUUGUGUAGAUCAGAGGACCAGAGCAGUCCUGAAAAGUGUAAACGAGACUCAAGAAACCCGUUUAAAGAACGUAUUAGUGCUAAAAAGUCUGAACCUACGAAGGUUAAAGAUAAAGUUAGGGUUUGUGAGAGAAAGCCGGAAUCUGACCGAUCUCAAGAUAAGAGAAGAACCUCGAGAGAAGGCCGAGAGAAAAAUAGUGAAUCUGAAAAAAAUCUUAAGUCUGAAUCAGAUACUUUGAAAUCUAGCGAAACAUUUCCUAGAAAACGAACGGAAGAACGAAGAAAGGAUUUAGAUCGGGAAAAGGCCGAAAGAGAAGAGUUAGUUCCAAAAUCCCAGACUAGAAACGACGGAGAAAGAACAAAGAUCCCGCUAUCUCGAGUUAACCAAGAAAUUCAAGAAAUUGAAAACAAACUUGCAAAGAAAAAACAUAGAGAGGAGAAAAAGAAAGAAAUUUCUACCACCGUAGAAAAAUCUUUACUUACUACUGAAGAAAUCCGUGAAACGAAAGAUAUUAACAAAAAACAAGCUGUUAAUUCAUCUAAAGCUCCUAUAGAUUGUUCUUCCAUACCUGUAGAAUUAAUCUCCCAAUCUCCUUCCAAAGAAACUAUUCUCAAUGUGAUCUCCUCACCAAAACCUGAAAAAAAAGGAUCUGAUUCUGAGAAGGUUAUUAUUUCUCCAAAAACUGAAGUCAUAAGUAUUGCCGAAGAACGAACUGAGACUAUCUCAAUUGCUACCAAACCAUCAGAAAUAUGUAAACCUUCAACUAAUGAAGACCCUUCACAAGAUACCUCUUCAAAACCAGCAGCAGCUGAGGAUUCAGAUAUCGAGGAAGGAGAGUGCUCUGACGAUGAUGAUGAUGAUCUUGAACCUGUAAAACCUGAAGAGAUUCCUAUAGUUCCUGAACCAAAACCGGAGCCAAUUAGAAUAGAGAAAUCAAGAAGAAAAUCAGACUCAAAACGUUCUCCGGAGAAACUACCAAAGGAGAGGAAACCGGAGAAGACGGAAAAGGAGAAAGAAAGAGAAGAGAAGAAGAAAAGAUGGAGAAAAGAAUCUCCUAAGAGGAGACCAAGCAGAACUUCUGGCGGGGAAGGAUCCAGAGCCCGUUCUCCAGGUCCAUACAGACGUAGCAUAAGAAGAUCACCUUCCCCUAGAGACAGGGAUCGUAGCAAACGAUCCCGGAUGGAUUACGAUCGCUACGAUCGAUAUCCUGAUUAUCCCUCCCGAAGUCCAAACCCCUACUGGUCUCCGGAUUACUAUGAUCGGCAGCCAAGAUCUCCUAGUCGUGAUCGUCAGAAAUCCAAAUAUUACGAUCCUUCUUCCAAACAUUAUAAAUACUGAUCCUCUAGGAUCAGACAAACCUCCCAUAUUCAAUGAAAACCAGAAUCCGUAUUCUGCUAAAUUUUUAUCCUUCUAGUCCCUUAAACAAGAUAAAAUUAAUAAGAUUUUUAGAUUUAUAUUAAAAUUAAUAUUUAUUUAAUUGAUAUAAAAAUGAAUUGCUCUUGACAACUAGGUAAAAUCUAGGAUUAAAAUUAGAUUUUUGUCCUCGCAAAAUUAUCAUAAUUCAACGCAUUUAAUUUGUUUAUGUUAUUAGCUCCAAGCUUUUCUUUAAAUAACAUUGAUAUGAUUUCAGA